AUCGAUAAAAAAUUGCAUUUCUUCGUUUUUUCAGCAAUUAGCCUUCACUGGUUACUGUGAUAUUUUAUUUGUUGACCAGGAGUCGCUACAGAGUCCUCCAAAGGGGAGUACAGGGCACCGGUGCGGUUUGCACACGUCACGUUCGCCCUUGGCAUGAACAAGAACAAGGAGGCCAUCUUGGGCUGGGGUUGUCUCGAUACCUCUCGUUAAAUGUACAAAUCCUCCGUUACUGAGGUUCCAGGUGAAAAUCAAGGACAAACAGAGUGGAGAGGAUCUAUCUGUGUUGCUCAUAUGAGGACUUUCAAUCCCGUGGACGUGCGGUGGAUCUGAAAGAUCUCGGUUGAAUAUACCGUGCAGUUUACCGCACAGGAGGCCAGGGAAGUCCGCCCGCCGUGGUGGCCCGUUGUGCUAGGCAAACGCUGUCAACCGGCCUCGUCUGAUUAUCGUGCCAAUUGGUUCGGAAAGUUAGCCGCGGAAUUCCUCCGAAGUGUACAAACUCAUCUGCAGAAAGAUAUGCAUCUUGGGUGGGGGAUUCUGUAGUGAUUGGCCAACUUUCCAGCGCCCCUCCACCCGUUGUUUUGCUAUUUUUGUCAGAGUGAAACGAAGUCGAUAGAAAUUGUGCUGAAUCCAAGAUGUCUGGAGGAAGAGCACCACUGCCGACGGUAAACGAACAGGAAAAUGGCGAGACUGACCCGCCGGAGAGCACCAGGCAGCUUCACAGAAGCCGGAACGAGGAGCAUCCUCACAUCGGCAAGUACAGGCUGCUCAAGACCAUAGAAGGCAACUUCGCCAAAGUCAAGCUAGCCAGACAUGUCCCCACAGGGAAAGAGGUUGCAAUCAAGAUCAUAGAUAAGACACAGUUGAAUCCUUCCAGCUUGCAAAAGCUCUUUAGGGAAGUCAGAAUAAUGAAGAUGCUCAAUCAUCCCAAUAUUGUCAAACUGUUUGAAGUGAUAGAAACAGAGAAGACAUUAUACCUUGUUAUGGAAUAUGCAAGUGGGGGUGAAGUGUUUGACUACCUAGUAGCCCACGGUAGAAUGAAAGAAAAGGAAGCCAGGGCCAAAUUCAGACAGAUAGUUUCUGCUGUACAGUAUUGUCAUCAAAAACGUGUGGUGCAUAGAGAUCUCAAGGCUGAGAAUCUGCUGCUAGAUUCGGACAUGAACAUCAAGAUUGCCGACUUUGGGUUCAGCAACGAGUUCACCCCAGGGAACAAGCUGGACACGUUCUGUGGGAGCCCGCCCUACGCUGCUCCGGAGCUCUUCCAGGGGAAGAAGUACGACGGCCCCGAGGUGGACGUCUGGAGCCUGGGCGUCAUUCUCUACACGCUGGUCAGCGGGUCCUUGCCAUUCGACGGCCAGAACCUGAAGGAAUUGCGGGAACGGGUGCUAAGAGGAAAGUACCGCAUUCCAUUCUACAUGUCUACCGACUGUGAGAACCUGUUAAAAAGGUUUCUGGUCCUAAAUCCAUUGAAGAGAGGGUCAUUAGAAGCAAUAAUGCGGGACAGAUGGAUGAAUGUAGGUUAUGAUGAUGAUGACUUGAAGCCAUACCGAGAACCUGACCCUGACUGGAGUGACCCCAAGAGAAUAGAAGAAUCAGUCAAACUCCUUAUAUCAAUGAACUACUCGCGGAAAGAUAUAGAAGACUCUCUGAAGAGCCAGAAGUAUGACGAAAUCAUGGCUACUUACUUACUCUUAGGGUACAAAACCAGUGAGUUGGAAGGCACGGACUCUCGUUCAGGCAGCAGCCUCUCCCUUCAGGCCCCCUCACGACCAUCCAGACCGUCCUCCGACCUCAACACCGCCGCCAAGGACUCCCCCUCCCACGCAACCAAGGUGGUACGGUCCGUCUCCACCAACCAGAAGCAGCGGAGGAUCAGCCAUGGCAAGUCAAGUGGGCGGGAACAGACGAAAAUACCAACCUCAAAAUCUGCAAACUCAACGUCGUCGUACAGCAAGCGGCACAACGUGGAGAAUGACGUGAAGGAGAACGCGUCUCCGAUGAACAAGAAGUCUAGCAGCGGAGCGGUCGGCGGGAAGGAGUCGCCCAGUGUCACCAACAGGUCCAUCUCCACGCCGGGGAGUAACCCCACCAACAGGAAAAAGUCUGCCACGCCUAAGCCCAACAGUGUGUUGCCACCCAGCAUGACUAGGAGGAACACAUACGUGUACGGAGAGAGAGGUGGGAUUAACGCUGGCGACAGAGCGGGCUCUGGAACUCCAAACAAAGAAAGUAUAAGUAGUGUGCCUCAGCCGGCUAAACCACGGGGGCAUCAGAAGUCUGCCUCGACGUCAGGCCAUCCUGCGGCUAUGGGGCUACCGCCCAUCGACGACGCACUGGCCGGACUGAGGCCUAGCACGGCUCCGGGGAAAAGGCCUCAUCAGCUACCUUCUCCCACCAUCCCGUCGUCACAAACACGCUUUCCCCGCGGCACCGUCAACCGCAGCACGUUCCACGGUGGGACCAGCAUACGAGAGCGCCGCCACGCCACAUACAAUGGCCCGCCGGCCUCUCCUGGCGGUCCCAUGGACACAAAUAGCGUAACCGGUUCUCGUAGAAGUUCCACGUCCUUCUUCAGUAAGCUGUCCUCCAAGUUUAGCAGAAAGUCGGUUGCUGAAGAGACAGACAAAGACAAGCCGCGGUCACUGCGCUUCACGUGGAGCAUGAAGACCACAAGUUCUAUGGAUCCCAACGAGAUGAUGAAGGAAAUUCGCAAGGUCUUGGACGCCAACCAAGUGGAUUAUGAGCAGCGGGAGAAGUACCUCCUGUUCUGUGUCUACGGGGACGCAAGGGACGACAACCUGGUGCAGUGGGAGAUGGAGGUCUGCAAGCUUCCACGGCUCUCGCUCAACGGUGUGCGCUUCAAGCGCAUCUCUGGAACCUCCAUCGGCUUCAAGAACAUUGCUUCUAAAAUAGCAAAUGAACUGAAGUUGUAAUGACGUUGCUAGUGUUGACCUUUACUGUGUAGACGCUUCCGACUUCAGUGUUGCCCUGUGUGCGGCAGGGAAAGGAUGCUGACGCACACACCAUCAUGUCUCCUUGUUGUGACCUGUACCAAACAAAGCUGCCAGAAGGGAGACGUUAAGGUCAGCUAGGGAAGAAAACUGUUUAGUGCAUGUAACAGGUGGAGGAAAAGGGUUAAAAAAACAAGGUGGGAAGAGAAGAGAUAGGAUAAUUGCUGUGAUGCGACCCAGUGUACAAUGCUAGAGGAACAGGCGCUGGAGGUCGUAGUCAUGAAAAUUGGUGUUUUAAGUGUAAUUUUCAGAGCAUGUAGGAAAAUAUUUAAUAGAAAAAACAUAGUUUUGACCUCCGUAAAUCAGGGCAGUAACAAAUCAUGCCAAGUAGAAGGCAGUCCCACUGUUGAUUGUUAGAGUGUUAGGCUAAGAUAAACUGUUGGUCGUGAGAAGCUACAGAUUAAGACCAUAGGAAUCUUAGUUCCAACAUACCAGAUUGUAAAUUGGUAAAAAAUCUGUACAUUUUCUAUAAGCCACAUAAGAACUGAUGUGUCAGAGGAUCUGCAUAUCUGACAAUGUCUGCAAUAGACGUUAGUAUAACAAGCACAAAUGUCGGGGUUGUUUCCCAUUUGGCAUGCGUGCAAGCUGUACCAUAUCCGUGCAACAUGCCCUCUUCUCUACUUGCCAAAAGUAGGAUGAUUCUCGCUCCCAUCCACACAUGCUGUAAGGUAUGCUUGUAAGGUCGCCAUCGCCUGCAUGUAUAUAUGAGAUAUCUGGGAGCCCUGCAGAAGGGCAGUGCAACUAGGAAGGAACCGGCGUCAUUACUUCUCCUGUUCUAACUGUCAGCACGCUCUGUAGUUACUAACAACCUCGUAGGGAGUAUAUGCCAGGCUUUGAUUACGAUGUAGAUGUGGUUCCCGUUGUUUUUUUGCUAGCCACAAUGCUGGAGCCAUGCAUUUUUAUUGCCUUCAGAUUCUUUACAUGGCCUUAGAACCUUGUGUUUGUACUGUUUUUAAUUCUAUUUAGCUGUAGUUGGAUUUUUGGAAUUCAGUAUACAAAACAUGUUGCCUAUUUCAAACUGCAAGAAUUGGACUCGAUUUAUGUACAAAAUCUAUUUAUGGGCAAUAAUAAUGUAUAUUUGUAAAACAAGUGUCAUAGACCAGUCUUGAAUUGUGUAAAUGUACAUAUUCCGAUGUUAGCAGCCUGUGUUGCAUCGCUCAGAAUGUCGGAACCCUAGAAUUCUGAAAGGCGGCGUUAAGCCAUGCACACUGCAAUCCAGGUAGUUAUAACUGGCACGUGCACCCCUCUCCCUUACCUACUGUACAUGUACAGACCAUUUCAUUUUUGGUUUUCUGGUAAUCCAAUUUUCUGACUCAAAUAAAGGGUUCCCUUUGACCAAGUGGACCUGA